AUGAUUUCAAUCUCAAUUGUGGUUGGCGUGGCUGCUUAUGGAGAGGCCAAAUUUGACACAUGGGGAGUGAUUCUUCAAUUGGGUGCUUUGGCUUUUGAGGCUACAAGGCUUGUUAUGAUCCAGAUCUUGCUAACUUCUAAGGGAAGGAGAGUGAUCGCACAUUUUGGGGAUGGAGAGAGUGGGGUUGGGGAAGGAGAUAGGCAUGGUGCCGGGGACGGUGGCGGCCGGCUUUGGGGCGGUGGUGCUGACGCAAAAAUCACGACAUACCAAGAAAACUCGGGGAAGUACAGAUGUAGCUACAGCAGGGGAAGUACAAAUGAAUGGACAACUCGUGGAGUUGCUGAUACUGCGGCUGAGAGGGGACAACAGAGCAAAGAUUACACAAUGCAAAAGGCAAAAGAUACAAAGGACUCUGCAAUGGGCAAAACGGGUGACUAUGCCAUAGACAUGACUAAAGAGAUGAAGGAUUCUGCUGCUGAGAAGGUAAGGCAAGCCAAAGAUGCCACUAUGGAGAAAAUGGGUGAGUACAAGGAUUAUGCUGCAGAGAAAGCCAAGGAGAUGAAGGAUACCGUGGAGGAAAAAGCAAGCGAAUAUAUAGGCGCUUCUGUAGAGUGUCAUAAUCCCUUAGGGAUUUCUUUAUUGGUUGGAAAGAGGAAGCUGAACGAAGAGCACUUGAGAGUGGCUAAAUGGCUGAGGGGAAUUGCAGCAAGGGGUACCAUCUAUGGUGCAAUGGGAAGCUUAAAAGAUGCCACCGAGGACAACAUAUCCAUCAAAUAUCGUCCAGCAGGCACGUGCAGUACACGAGGUGGACCAAAACGGGGAGAGAAGAUGGUCGAUGAUGCUGCAGGUACUCCAUCAGGACCAGCAGCUUCACCGACUAUGAAAACUUCUGACUAG